AGGCAGCAAGGCGGCAGGUGAAGGUUGAGUAUCGCACUGCACUCACCUGCACCUGGCUCACCCACGACCUUCCCCCCCAGGUAACCCCAGGUGGUAACAGCCAAGCCUAAGGUAAGGUUCAGCCGGUAUGGUCCUCUGGGCACUCCACCUGGUGAGUCUGCAGAAGAAGCUGAAGCAGAAGAAAGGUGAAGUGGUCGCAGCAGCAGCAGCAGCAGCAGCAGGGCAGCAGCAGCAGCAGCAGCAGCAGCAGCAGCAGCAGCAGCAGCAGCAGGGCAGCAGCAGCAGCAGCAGCAGCAGCAGCAGCAGCAGCAGCAGCAGCAGCAGGGCAGCAGCAGCAGCAGCAGCAGCAGCAGGGCAGCAGCAGCAGCAGCAGCAGCGGCAGCAGCAGCAGCAGCAGCAGCAGCAGCAGCAGCAGCAGCAGCAGCAGCAGGGCAGCAGCAGGGCAGCAGCAGCAGCAGCAGCAGCAGCAGCAGCAGCAGCAGCAGCAGCAGCAGCAGCAGCAGCAGCAGGCAGCAGCAGCAGCAGCAGCAGCAGCAGCAGGGCAGCAGCAGCAGCAGGGCAGCAGCAGCAGCAGGGCAGCAGCACACCAAGUCCGCGCAUGCAGGGAUCAGCACACGCGAAAGAUAAGUCUCCCCACCCUCACUUGCCAUUGCCUCGCCAGUAUUAGUUCACACCCAUCUGCUCUUCACUGCUGCUCCUUGCCACUGCCACUGCUACCAUGGCACGUGGCUCACCAAGGGGACCCUCCCCCCAGGUAAAACAUAAGGUACUUUUAAACCCCAGGUGGUGAGGUAGGGUAAGGUUCAGCUUGGUACAGUCCUCUGGGCACUCCACUUGGCGGGUGUGCAGCAGUGGGCGAGCGAUGAGGGGCAGCAGAGUGGCAGCAGCGCGCCCAAGGCCCAGCCGCGAGGCAGCAAGGCGGUAGGUGAAGGUUGAGUAUCGCACUGCACUCACCUGCACCUGGCUGGCUCACCCGAGGACCUUCCCCCCCAGGUAACCCCAGGUGGUAACAGCCAAGCCCAAGGUAAGGUUCAGCCGGUAUGGUCCUCUGGGUGAGCCGCUCACUGCAGCAUCACAUGCACCCCCUGUACCCACCCACCCUGCUCGUGAACUUUCUGCAUCAGUCGCUUGUCUUGUGCUGCCACUUAUCGCCUCCCCCACGGCCCCUUUCUCGCCCCGCCCCUCUCUCCCAGGCCAUCCCCUUGGCGAGUGCGCUGCACACGGCGAGCGAUGAGGGGCGGCAGAGUGGCAGAGGCGGCAGCGAGCAGCACGGCCAAGCUGCCUGCAGUGGGGGGGGAGGAGCUUGGAGGCAGCACGGCACGCAACAGGGUGCAGCAGAGGGAGAGUAUGGUUUGGGUUUCAGCCACACAUGGUGAGCUCUGACUUGGAUUCUGCUGCAUUCCUUCCUGCUCCCGUCCCUUGUAGCGCGGCCCUCCUGCCAUGGUUUCGUUUUUAGCACGUCCCUCCCUCUGAUUGCUGCACUGACCUCCACUCGCUCUUCCCUCCCCCCCCUCCUCCCCCUUCCCCCUUCCCUUUCCCCCGUCCGUGCAGGUGCCUGCGUCAGGGUGGGAGGAGCAAGGCAGCAGGGCAAGCGACUGGGGUGUGCAGAGGGAGAGUGGCGCAUGCAGCCUUUGGGGUCCGGCCAAGCAUGGUGAGCCUCUCCUUUCACUCUCGCGUUUUCUCGUCCGUUCCCUUGUAGCCGGCAAGCCUUGCUGCAUCCCGUGCUUCCUCUUUUACUCUACUUUUCCCCGCUUGCUAUUUUCCCCGCUUGCUAUUUUCCCCGCUUGCUAUUUUCCCCGCUUGCUAUUUUCCCC